AUGCAUAUCAAUACACAUUGGUCAGGCUGGCGUCCAAAUCGGCAAUGCAUGCUGGGAGUUAUACUGUCUGGAACAUGGUAUCCAACCUGAUGGCCAGAUGCCAAGUGACAAGACCAUUGGCGGCGGCGACGAUUCUUUCAAUACUUUCUUCAGUGAGACUGGAGCUGGGAAACACGUGCCACGUGCAGUGUUUGUCGAUCUGGAACCGACAGUAGUGGAUGAAGUACGGACUGGUACAUACCGUCAAUUAUUUCACCCUGAAGAACUUAUCACUGGAAAGGAAGACGCCGCUAACAACUAUGCUCGAGGUCACUAUACAAUUGGCAAAGAGAUAGUCGACCUGGUCUUAGAUAGAAUACGAAAACUGGCCGAUCAAUGUACAGGUCUUCAAGGAUUCUUGAUCUUCCACAGCUUCGGUGGUGGCACUGGUUCUGGUUUCACGUCUCUCCUUAUGGAAAGACUCUCGGUUGACUAUGGCAAGAAGUCAAAGUUAGAGUUCGCUGUCUACCCAGCUCCGCAAGUGGCAACUGCUGUAGUAGAGCCAUACAAUUCGAUUCUGACCACCCAUACCACCCUGGAGCACUCCGACUGUGCCUUCAUGGUUGACAACGAGGCCAUCUACGAUAUUUGUCGUCGAAAUUUGGACAUCGAACGUCCAACCUACACCAAUCUCAACCGUCUGAUUGGUCAAAUCGUCUCUUCCAUCACCGCUUCACUGCGAUUUGAUGGCGCCCUCAACGUCGAUUUGACGGAAUUUCAGACCAAUCUGGUACCUUAUCCACGUAUCCAUUUCCCGUUGGCUACCUACGCUCCUGUGAUUUCUGCCGAGAAAGCCUAUCACGAGCAACUUACAGUAGCAGAAAUCACAAAUGCCUGCUUCGAGCCUGCCAACCAGAUGGUCAAAUGUGACCCGCGUCACGGAAAGUACAUGGCCUGCUGUAUGCUGUACCGGGGCGAUGUGGUGCCCAAAGACGUCAACGCUGCUAUUGCUACCAUCAAGACCAAACGUACCAUCCAGUUCGUCGACUGGUGUCCAACGGGCUUUAAAGUUGGUAUCAACUACCAACCACCAACCGUUGUUCCCGGUGGAGACUUGGCUAAAGUGCAGCGUGCUGUUUGUCUACUGAGCAACACUACCGCUAUUGCAGAAGCUUGGGCCAGACUUGAUCAUAAAUUCGAUUUGAUGUACGCCAAGCGUGCUUUCGUCCACUGGUAUGUCGGUGAAGGUAUGGAGGAAGGAGAGUUCUCCGAGGCGCGUGAAGAUCUUGCGGCUUUGGAGAAGGAUUACGAGGAAGUCGGUGUAGAUUCUGUUGAAGGCGAAGGCGAGGAAGAAGGCGAAGAAUAUUAAGAAAACAAAAUAACACUAAAUUUGGGUAAAAUGUUAUCAGCGGGGAAACAGCGAACUUUUCAACUAUAUAAAUAAUAAUAUUCUCAAUGUCUAUUCUUCAUUAUUCGAGCACAUUGUCAUUAAAUGGUGAUCACCGGUCGAACAGAUCGGGCAACUUCACGCCACCACGUUGUAUAUUCAAAAUGUCAGAAUUCUAUCGUUAUUCAUGUCACUCAAAAAGAUGCAUAAAUGUAGUACACUAUUUGUCGGUCUUCGUUGCAUAUUUUAUACUUUCAGUUUUUACGAUUACGUAGACCCUUCUUGUGUGUUUAAUAAAGUGCACAUAUUUUAACUUAUAAA